GGAAGUUACGACAUUCCAUAGCGCACAGGUGGGGCCCACACCAAUUGAAAAUACCACGGCCCGUCUUGCGGCUUAUCUGUGAUCGAUCGCCUUCACAUGGUAACCUUAUUUCCGUUGCCGAUUCCAUCAUGUUACCCAUUCCGCCCGCUGCUUGAUGUGCUGCUCGAAUCAACCAGUUGUCCCGCGCGGGUCGGUAAUCCAGCUGCUUUAGGAGCUGCUGUCGACUCCAAUCCUCCAGCCAGCUGCAAGCCCCGUUGCAGCCCCCGUUGCUUCCCUUUCCGGCGCUCGGUACAUCCCAUGCAUCGACCUACCUUGCGCAAGUUGCUCGUCAUCGCAAGGGUCUGUGUCGUUUGCCCUGGUGGAACCGCCAUGUACACGCUGUUGGCAAAUCUGCUGCAGACCACGCCUUAACCAUCUGUUACCCAUUUCAUCAUGUCGUCGCCGGGUCUCGGCCGCUCGUGGCGGAGGAGUCCCUCCUUCGCCUCGUCCCAUUCGCAAGAAGAAGAACCCCCAUCCGCCUCAAGCCAACUACAGCUCUCCCGCAAAACCAGCAAUGAUGGAAAGUUACUGUCUUCUUCGGCGGGUUCAGUCACGUACCGGGAACCUCUGAGGUCCUUCAUCCAUGGUACCGUCAGAGGCCGUCUAGGUGAGGCUCCUUGCCAAAGCUUACGCGGGAGGGCUGAUGCUGACAACCAGGGACCAGCACCGCUCGACAGUGCAGAGUCGGCACGCUCAGUGCGCGAGGAAACCGCCGAGAUAGCCGACUACUUUCUCUCUGACAAGCCGGACGCCAGGAGCAGCCCGUUCCCUCGCCGAGCGCAAUCUGCGUCCUCCCCAAAACCGCGACCUUCCGUGGAGUCACCUGGUCCCGAGUCAGGCCCGUCACGGUCCACCGAUACAAUAGCCGAAGUUUCAGAGCCGCCCUCUCCCCAAGACACUCACGAGCCUGCCGGUCCUUCGAUGCUCACAACUAUGUUGAAGAGGUCACCACCGGACAAAGACAACUUCAUUGCGCCAAAGGAGCCCAAUUCACAUGAGGGCGGCGUCCCAGCCGAGGAAACUGACGACGAGGAAGGGGCCCCUCUGAGCAGGGUACAAACCGUCGAGUAUCGGCCGUUGGAUGCCCGUCCGGAUCAUUCGGACAACACCAACGAGACAUCGCCGUUGCUGGCUGCCGCAGCGUGGGAACGUUCGGGGGGGAGCUACGGGGCUGGCGACCAGGAUCAUCAAGAUGCCGACUUGGAGGGCCGGAAGAGUCUUCACCGAAAGAAGUGGCUGGCAAGAACGGCCGAUUCCCUGCGGGAAACCGGGGCCCGAGUGGUUAUUAUCCUCCCGACCAUUGGCAACCCGAAGCGUUGGGAUCGCCAUCUCCUUUGGGAAAAUGUUGUUGUCGCUCCGAUUGCCUGUCUUCCCGCCGUCGUCGUCGGGUUGCUUCUCAACAUCUUGGACGCACUGUCAUACGGCAUGAUCUUGUUCCCCCUGGGAAGCCCCAUCUUCGCGAGCUUAGGGUCUGCCGGGAUAUCAAUGUUCUACGUCAGCUGUAUAAUUUCGCAGCUAACAUUCUCAUCGGGGAGCAUAUUCAAGGGUGGCGUUGGCUCUGAGUUGAUCGAAGUCGUGCCCUUUUUUCACAACAUGGCUGGCACCAUCACGGAGAUAGUCGGGCAAGAGAAUCCAGACGCUGUUAUUGCAACGACUAUUACAUCGUACGCGCUAAGCUCGAUGCUUACUGGCGCUGUGUUUUACCUGAUGGGGAAGUUCAAGUUUGGCUACCUCGUCGGCUUCAUCCCUCGGCACAUCCUGAUCGGCUGCAUCGGAGGUGUUGGGUGGUUCCUGAUUGCUACGGGAUUUGAAGUAACAGCGAGGAUGGACGGGAAGUUCAGCUAUAACCUGGACACACUCAAACGGCUCAUGCAGGCCGACACCGUUCCCCUAUGGAUCAUCCCCCUUACCCUGGCCGUGAUCUUAUUCUACGGGCAGUCCAGGAUCACGUCCAAAUAUUUCCUCCCGCUCUACAUUCUCAUGAUACCCGCGGUCUUCUACGCGGUGACCGGUGCUUUGAACCUGCUGAAUCCGGACACCCUCAGGGACAGCGGCUGGAUAUUCGAAGGCCCGCCCGCAGGGGAACCUUGGUGGUAUUUCUAUACGCUAUACAAACUGAAACUGGUCCACUGGGGGGCUAUUGCACAGUGCAUCCCAGCAAUGUUCGCCUUGACCUUCUUUGGCGUGCUCCACGUUCCCAUCAAUGUCCCGGCCUUAGCUCUGAACACGGGCGAGGAUCACGCCAACCUCGACCACGAGCUCAAGCUGCACGGGUACUCGAACUUUCUCUCUGGCGCGGCAGGUAGCAUCCAGAACUACCUCGUCUAUUCCAACAGUCUAUUCUUCAUGCGCUCCGGUGGUAACACCCGCCUGGCCGGGUUCGAGCUAGCAUUGUUCACCUUCUUGGUCAUGCUAAUCGGCCCCUCGCUGAUCGGCUACAUCCCCGUUAUGAUGGUCGGUGUGCUCAUCUUUGACCUUGGUUUUGAGCUUCUUCUCGAGGCCGUGUGGCAGCCGAGGAAGAAGCUGAAGCCGGUCGAAUAUUUUACCGUCCUGGUGAUUGUUUUAGUCAUGGGAACUUAUGACUUCGUGGUCGGCAUCGGCGUGGGAAUCCUACUCGCGUUCAUGUCCCUGACGUUCCAGACAUCAAGGGUGUCCGCCGUCAGAGCGAGCUACUCGGGCGACAUUGUCGGGUCAACGGUGAGAAGGAACCCGACUCAACAACACUACCUGCGGCAGGUCGGCCGCCAGAUCAACAUCAUCAAGCUUUCGGGCUACCUAUUCUUCGGCACCAUCGUCGGCGUGGAGGAUAGGAUUCGAGUCCUCAUUUCCGACGAAGAGUUCAAGAGACGCCCCAUCAGGUUCUUGGUAUUGGACCUUUGGCUGGUCACUGGUGUCGAUUACUCCGCCGCCGAGGUCUUUAACACCAUCAGCCGCCUGCUAGAUAGCAAGGGUAUCGAACUCGUUGUCAGCGGCGUGGACCCGGAGCACGGCCUAGGCCGUAACCUGAGGGCUGUCGGGCUCGGCGAAGACGGCGUCGAGGUCAAGCUCCUCCCCGAACUGAACUCGGCGCUCGAGUACUGCGAGAACGAACUUCUCAAAACCCUCUUCGUCAACCAAGAAGACUCGGACAGCACGCUCACGACCUCGACGGCGAACCUCGACGUGCCGAACCAGCCAUGCGCCCUCGCAUCAUCGGCCGUCAUGCUAGGCUCGUCCCCGCGGCGCGACCAUCUCCGCGAGGUUGCCCGCAAGUCGCUCGGGCAGGUUAAAGCGAAACGACCGACGCGCUGGCAGAGCUUCAAGGAGCCGCUCCGGCUGAUGCUGCAGAUCUUCCGCGACGUAAGCGACAAGAACGAAGACUUUUGGUUUCGGGCGGUGCGCUACUUCAAGCGCGCCCAUCAUGCGACCGGCACGGUCCUCUUCCGCCGCGGCGAGCGCGCCGAGGCCUUCUACCUCAUCGAGUCUGGAAUCCUGAGGGCCGAAUACGAUCUGCCGCAGGGGUGGCUGUUUGAGAGCAUCGUAGCGGGGACCACGUGUGGGGAGUUACCCUUCUUUUCCGAGACGAAUCGCACGGCGACGUGCGUCGUCGAGAGGGAGGCGGUUGUGUGGGUGAUGGACCGGGAGAGCUGGGCGCGGCUGCAAAAGGAGGAGCCGGGUGUUGCACAGGAACUGCUGCGGAUCUCGCUCAAGCUGACGAGCGAGCGCAUGUCGGUUAUUACGAGUUAUACGCUAACUAUGGCUGGAUAAUUAGUGCGUGGGAAAAAGCAUGACCUGGGCGGUCUUUUUGUUUUUUUGGCUUCUAGCGAACAUUGGGAAGGAAAGAGUUUGUUGGUUGAAGGAAGUCUUUUCACAACUAGAGUCCGACUAGUGUUCAUAUAACAUGUUGACUGCUUAGUGAGCUGCAAGUAUAGCCGAUGCAUGGGGCCGUACGGUUUUAGAGCGCUGAUCUAGAGAUCAAUAAGGUCCUCUCUUGUUGUCUCGAAGCCAGCAGCGCUGUCAACAUGUGAAAGGGUUAGGGUUGUACAUACGUACAUGAGCACAUACAGUAUUAGAAGUUUCCGUACAGUAUGG